CGAUCUACAUAUACGUCGUUUUCCCUUUCAUGAUAAUAACAGAGCCCAGGUUGAAACGAACUUCAACGUGGAAUACGCUGUGUAGCUGCAGUCCAUAAGAGCGAAUGCUGAAGAAAAUUUAAAACGCCAUGUCCACGUCACCGAAAAGAAGAUAACACACUGACACACACACACGCACACGCACACACACACACACACACACAAGCGGUCACACGCGCGUGCACGCAGCCAACACGAGCGCGACUCCAGUCGAGCUGCUCCAGUUACCUCGUACUGAAAUUGUUCUGAAAUCCUGCUACAAAUAUUCCCGUCGAUGUCUGCAUCCACACUCGUCUGGUAGAAGCAAAACGUGGAGUUAUUUAUAAAGAAAGUGCGACGGAUAAAAAGAAUCCAAAGAGUAGCUGAAAAUAAUUUACGUAAUAAUGGGCUGCGGAGAAAAUAUUGAUUUGGAUUUUUUUUAAAUAAGCGAGGGUGUUUUUUUUUAACCAAGACUGCGGGAAAAGAUGUAUUUGUGGGGCUCAGUGGAUGAGCUGAAAACAAUAAAACUGAUCAAAGAAGAUGCUGGGUGAGCGAUCUCUUAUCCACAUAAUGGGAUUUCAUUCCAAAUGUCGCAGCAGGCGCACAGGGGUUCUAUUAAGUUGUUUUUUCCUUCUUUUCCCUUUGCUGAAGCUGAAGUUCACUGGAUGCUUUUGCUCCCCAUUUUGUCAGCGUACAGCAAGUGAUUCCCUUCCUUUGGAAGAGCUGUAAUUCUCCAGUUCACCUUAAGGACGUGUUAUUGACUGAACCCCCCAGAUUCCGUGGAGCGCUGAGGAAUGCAAAGUAGUCCGCUAUAUUCAGGACCCUCGCUAUAUAAUUAUUUGUGUUAAAAAAAUCCGGAUUCAUUUUUGCCUAUUUUUUUUUAAUAACCUCCAUUCCACAAGGAGAGAAAACAAUGCAGGUGGAGAUGUCAAGGAAAUAACGGUGUGGCAUUUGCAAAGGGAGCGAGGAACGUUGGAUUUUUUUGUUUAAAUUAUUAUUAUUGCUAUUUUUGAAAAAAGAAGAAGUUGCUCUGGGGUACUUCGGUUGUUAUGAUUAUCCGCAUGUACCACGGGAUUGUACCACUGGUAGGAUGCCAUCUCAGAAUCUUAUGCAGGAGCUAUGUGGAAAAGAAAUGUCGGGAUGAAGCCAACCAUCAUGAGCCACUUGGGGUUGCUGCUUUCCAUGCUUCCAGCAUUUUUAUUUCACUUUCCCCUUGUUGGUGGAGCCGAGAAGAACUACCCCAUCUUGAACAUUGCCGUUAUUUUAGGCAGGACACGUUAUAUCACAGAGAGAGACAUUCGGGCAUUGUGGAACAAGGAGAUGGCCCCAGAUGUGAACCUUGAUGUAAAUGUGGUGACAAUACUAGUGAACCAAACUGACCCAAAAAGUAUCAUAACUCAUGUAUGUGACUUGAUGUCUGGGACAAAAAUUCAUGGGGUGGUUUUUGGAGAUGACACAGAUCAGGAAGCAGUUGCCCAAAUUUUGGAUUUUAUUUCUUCUCAGACUUCCAUACCUAUUUUGGGAAUCCAUGGUGGGUCUUCCAUGAUCAUGGCAGAUAAGGAUCAGAUGUCCACGUUCUUCCAGUUUGGAGCUUCCAUUCAGCAAGAGGCCCUCCUGAUGUUAAAUAUCAUGGAGGAGUAUGACUGGCAUGUCUUUUCCAUUGUGACUAGCAAAUUUCCGGGCUACCAGGAUUUUAUUAGUAUCCUAAAAAGCACUGUGGAAAACAGCUUUGUGGGAUGGGAUUUACAGAACACUAUCACGCUGGAGGCAGUGGCCGGAGAUACAAAAACUCAGAUUCAGCUCAAGAAGAUCCAGUCGUCUGUGAUCCUUUUGUACUGUUCCAAGGAUGAGGCCAUGUACAUUCUGGAAGAAGCACGCUCACUUGGCUUAACCGGGUUUGGCUUUAUCUGGAUUGUCCCUAGCUUGACGACAGGCAAUACUGAAAUCACCCCGGAUGAGUUCCCAUGCGGAAUGAUUUCUGUUUCUUAUGAUGACUGGGACUACACACUGGAGGCCCGAGUCAGAGAUGGCCUUGGAAUUAUAACUACUGCUGCCUCUGCCAUGAUGGAUCAAUAUGGCUUCAUUCCAGAGGCAAAAACAAAUUGCUAUGGGCAGCAAGAAAAAAAUGACAUGCCUCCCAAUAGACUGCACAAAUUUAUGAUGAACGUGACUUGGGAUGGCCGAGACUUGUCCUUCACUGAAGAUGGGUAUCAAGCAAACCCCAAGCUGGUGGUGGUAGUUUUGAACAAGGACAGGGAGUGGGAAAAGGUAGGGAGAUGGGAAAACCAAAGUCUGACCCUGAGAUAUCCGGUCUGGCCUCGGUUUAAUUCGUUCGGAGAUACGGAGACGGAUGACAACCAUCUAAGCAUCGUCACCCUGGAGGAGGCCCCCUUUGUUAUUGUGGAGAAUGUGGACAGCUUAACUGGAACGUGUAUGAGGAACUCAGUGCCCUGUCGGAAGCACGUCAAACUAGAUAACACAACAGGAGAAGGGACCUACAUUAAGAAAUGCUGUAAGGGAUUCUGCAUCGACAUCCUUAAGAAGAUCGCUAAAGCUGUGAAGUUCACUUAUGAUCUUUACCUGGUAACCAACGGGAAGCAUGGGAAAAAGAUCAACAAUGUAUGGAAUGGAAUGGUGGGGGAGGUGGUGUACAAAAGAGCAGUUAUGGCUGUCGGUUCCUUAACCAUUAAUGAAGAACGUUCUGAGGUCAUCGAUUUCUCUGUUCCUUUUGUUGAGACGGGGAUAAGUGUCAUGGUUUCAAGAAGUAAUGGAACAGUAUCUCCAUCAGCUUUCUUAGAGCCCUUCAGCGCAUCUGUGUGGGUGAUGAUGUUCGUGAUGCUCCUCAUUGUGACCGCCAUGGCCGUUUUCAUCUUUGAAUACCUCAGCCCCCUGGGAUUCAACAGAAAUCUAGUGCAAGGAAAAGAUCCCCAUGGACCAUCAUUCACCAUUGGGAAAGCUGUAUGGUUACUUUGGGGCCUGGUCUUCAACAACUCUGUUCCAGUACAGAACCCCAAAGGGACAACCAGCAAAAUAAUGGUUUCUGUCUGGGCUUUUUUUGCUGUGAUCUUCCUAGCCAGUUACACUGCCAAUCUGGCAGCUUUCAUGAUUCAGGAAGAAUUUGUCGAUCAAGUGACUGGACUCAGUGACAAAAAGUUUCAGAGACCCUAUGAUUACUCACCACCUUUUCGCUUUGGCACAGUCCCAAAUGGAAGUACAGAAAGGAAUAUCAGAAAUAAUUACCCCGAUAUGCAUCAGUAUAUGGUGAAGUACAACCAAAAAGGAGUACAGGAUGCCCUUGUUAGCCUUAAGACUGGGAAGCUGGAUGCUUUCAUAUAUGAUGCUGCAGUUUUAAAUUACAUGGCAGGGAGAGACGAGGGCUGUAAGCUGGUCACCAUUGGCAGCGGCUACAUAUUUGCCACGACAGGCUAUGGGAUAGCACUGCAGAAGGGUUCUUCCUGGAAACGGCAAGUGGAUCUGGCUUUGCUGGGACUUGUUGGCGAUGGUGAAAUGGAGGAGCUGGAAGCGCAGUGGUUGACUGGAAUUUGUCACAAUGAAAAGAAUGAAGUGAUGAGCAGCCAGCUAGAUAUCGACAACAUGGCGGGCGUUUUCUACAUGUUGGCAGCAGCCAUGGCUCUCAGCCUUAUCACCUUCAUUUGGGAGCAUCUGUUUUACUGGCGACUCCGCUACUGCUUCACGGGGGUCUGCAAUGGAACGCCUGGACUGCUGUUCACAAUAAGCAGGGGCAUAUGGAGCUGUAUCCAUGGUGUGCACAUUGAAGAAAAGAAAAGGUCUUCCGAUUUGGACUUUAGCAGUCCACAGGCUAAUAUGCUAAAACUGAUUAAGCAAGCCAAAAACAUGACCAACAUGUCUAAUUUGAAUCCUUCACGGAUCAAUUCCCCAAAAGGACCUACAGAUUAUAUACACGGAGGGUCUUUGAUAAUGGAUAUGGUGGGAGACAAAGGAAAUUUUAUCUAUGCUGACAACCGAGGUUACCCUCCAAAGGAAACCAUGUUUGGCGAUGCUGCAAGUGAUUUACAGACAUUUAUAAGUAAUCGGCACAAGGACAAUUUAAACAACUAUGUCUUCCAAGGUCAGCAUCCCCUCACGCUGAAUGAAACCAAUCCUAAUACGGUUGAAGUUGCUGUCAGCGCAGACAGCGCCCAGAAUAAUGCCAGAACGCGGCAACUUUGGAAGAAAUCCAUGGAAACACUCCGGCAAAGCCAAGGGUCUAUUCCGGAUUCAGUCGCUUGUGAGCAGCGACAUUCCGGCAAGAAUCAGCGAUAUCUUCCGGAAGAUGGGGUCCAUUCAGAUGUAUCUGACUGCUCAAGCAGGGCUACUUCCUACAGGGAUGCAGAGAACAACCAAAAACAUCACAAGCCGAAGGAGAAUUUGCGAAAAAGGUCAAUGAAUUCAAAGUAUCCCCGAGACUGUAGUGAAGUAGAGCUAUCAUAUCUGAAAAACAAACAAGGAUGUGUGGGGCAUGAAAAGAUAUACACCAUUGAGUCCGAGAGGGAGCAAGGAUUACAUGCCGAGCAGCACCACUUCAGGGAGAACAGGCCUCUUCCAGAAGACUUGGAGUAUCCUGAACUUUAUCAGGACCAUAAUGACAAUUACAGGAAAGCAGAGCCUGUUAUCCAUCUCAAUAGCAGCCCAUUACAAAAUGAAGAAGUUAUUCCUAACAAUGAAAACAAAUACAGCUUAUACUCUAAGCACUACAGCGUAAAAGAGAAGAAUGUGAGCCCUCAAGAGACAAAUGACAGAUGCAAACAGACUCACUGUAGGAGCUGUCUGUCCAAAGUGCCGAACUAUACGGGUCAUUUUGGCGUCAGGUCUCCUUACAACCGUUGUGAAGCCUGUGUACACACAGGCAACCUGUAUGAUAUAAGCGAAGAUCAAAUGCUCCAGGAAGUUGUUAGUCCCAUGCACCAUGAUGAAGCUUAUGGGCAGCACUGGCCACAGAAUGAUGGCCCACAUGUACACCGGAGGAACAAACUGAGGUUAAGUAGGCAACACUCUUUUGACAAUAUCCUCGAUAACUCUCGUGAUCGUGAAACCGAUCUGGGUAGACCAGCACGAAGUGUGAGCUUAAAGGAAAAAGACAGGUUCCUGGAGGACACCUCUUAUGCAAACAUGUUUAAUAUCAGAAAUGACAAACUCUUGGGCGGCAAGACGACUCUCUUCAACCACAACCUGGAAGAGAGCAAACGUAGUAAAUCACUUUAUCCUGACCACAGCUCAGAGAAUCCCUUCCUGCAGUCUUUCCGAGAAGACCAACGCCUGGUUCAUGGCAGAAGCUCCUCUGACAUUUACAGGCAAACGGCGCCACCCAAGUCAAGGAACGACAACAACCUGCGGUCAUCUGUGAAGUCGACCUCCUCUUAUUGUUCUCGAGAUGGUCGACUACCUAGUGACAUGUACAUUUCAGAGCAUGUUAUGCCUUAUGUAGCAAAUAAGACUAGUGUAUACUCAACUCCCAGGGUCCUCAAUUCUUGCAGCAAUAGACGUGUGUAUAAGAAAAUGCCUAGUAUUGAGUCAGAUGUUUAAUUCUUCCUUUGUCUAGUUUUAAACUCUUCCAUUUUUAGGAUGCUGUUGUUGCUGACAGUUAAAUCAAAGACUUUCGUACAAAAAAAAAAUGGCAAAGCAGAGAAAGCAACAACAAAGCGGCUUUAAGAAAAACUAAUGGCUGAUUGCAUCUUUGUCUAAUUGCAAUAUUCAACCCAUUUAUGGUCGCCAUUUUUUUGUUUAGUUUUUUCUUGCUUGUUUUGCUAUUCAAAAGAGGAGCACGUUCCAGUGUUUGCAAACAGAUUAAAACAGAUUAGUUGGUUUUACAUUGUCAUCUUGUAAGAUUCAGAACUUUGAAAGAAUUUCAACUAAAAAGGUUCCAACAGAAAAAAGAGUUUCUUGUCUGAGGAAGACGUCCAUAGAGGGUGGGGUGAGAGCUCAAAGAGAUCAUUUUGGAUCCCGGAUGCAGUAUAUGGGAGAAUCCCAGCCAUCUAACAAAAGGCACACGUUAGAGCGAGGGAUUCUCAAUAGACCCCAGGUUUUUGGCAAAUUUCAUUUUAUUUAGAAGUCAAAUAUUUAACAGUUUACAACUAGAUUAUUACAUUAAUAUGACAAUAAUGAUGGCUUUAUGAAAAUAAGAACCUCAUUUAUAUGGACGUUUAUAUAUACUCCAUCUGACUGGAAGACACAUUGUCUUUCCAAUAGAACUGGUCAAACCAUAAGAAAUCAUGACCCCCAAACCAAGCCCCCUGCCAAGCUCUUACUAACAAUUUGUCAUCAUAUAAAAGAAAUAUGAACUGCCUCCCUGAGCUCUAACCUUACCCUCUGGGUGAGUCAGCAUAUGAUAGCUUGACAAUGGCUUCUUGAUGAGAGCAGUAGGAGCCCUAGCAAGGAAUUUGCCUCUCUAAUAAUAAGAAAAGAAAAUCUACAAUAUUUUUGAUGAGGAUGACUAAUAUCAGCAGACUCACACUCUCACAAACACAUGUGCACAGACAUGAUUACCAGUCUUACCACUUGAAAUGCAUGGCCAUUGUGUCUUGGCCCUUUCUCUUCCACUCUCAGUGAGUGAUAUUGGCUUUGUAAUGUCUCUUUGAGUUUGUUUCAUGUUUUAAUCGAUAUAAUAAUGCACUUGACCAUUAGCUAUCACCAUGUCUUUGUUGUAAAAGAAUUAUUUUCAAUAACAUUCUGGAGUAUAUUUUUGCAUGUCUUAUUUUGGUACCAGGAAAAUUUGUUUACAAAGAAAUUAAAGAACCUACCUUGAUCUUCUGGGGUGAUUGAUAGUGUCCUCCAAUAAUGACCUCUACACAAUGAUGCAGUGCAAUGACACAUUUUUUUUAGUUCUGAGCUUGUAAAUAUGAAGGAAAAACAGGGUUGAAAAAGAAAAAAAAUGUUUGGCCUAUAAUGAAGUUAUGAUGCUUUAGAUUUGUCUUUUGCAUUUUCUUUUGGAAAGUACAUAAAGCUUUUCCGCCUUGACAUUCAGACACCACCGUCAUAAAGGUCUUCAUGCUUCCUGCAUGAUGGAAAUGUAGUCCUAGUUAACAAAAAAAAAUAAACUUAGCAUAAGGCAAAUUAUUUACUAAUUUAUUUUUACAAGAUUACAGUUAUGUGAAAUCUGGUAUCAAUGACCCAUGGAAAGCCAUGAGAGGAAAGAAAUAUGGCAAAAAAAAAAAAAAAAAAAUGGAUAAGGAAAAAGAUGGGUUGGCUAUGGAAAAGAUUAAACAUAUUUUGCAAAAUAUUAACUGAAUCCGAAAGGUUUACCAAAUUACAAAAAAAAAUGCACAUUUUUUACUGCAAUAUAAAAAUAACUUAUACUGCACUGGAAUUAAAUGAUGUUUGUAAAAUGAUUCUUUAGAUGGUGGUUGGGUUUUUCUUAGUACAUUCAUACCUGGUUCUGUUGCUGUCUUCCCAUGAGGGGAGUUCUGUCUUUAUGGAUAAAGAUGGCACAAUGUGUAGCAAAACAAAGGAUUCCAUCAAUUAAGUAAUCUGAUAGGAAUAAAAGGUGUCCAUCAGAGAGAAGGUCUUGAACGGUUAAGGCUUUAAUGUGAUGUACUACUUAUUUCACUGAGUUCACUAAAGAAACUGGGUAUC